AUGCCCUAUUACGUUGUACGUCAGGGCAGAAAACCCGGCAUUUAUAAUACUUGGAAUGAAUGUAAUGAACAAAUUAAUCGAUUUUCUGGAGCGGAAUAUAGAAAAUUUGAUAAACAUUCUGAUGCUCAAGAUUAUUUAGAUGGUAAAGUAAAAAUACAAAGAAAUUUUAAAACAAAAUAUCCUACAUCAAAAUUUAAAAUAUCAAAUAAUACUCCAAUUAAUUUAAUAAAAGACACUAUUCAAGAAUGUUCGUCAAAAUCAAUGGUUUCAUCUUAUGAAAAAUUAACAGUGUCAGAUACUAAUACUGAUCAAGAAUAUACAAUUGUCUACUCAGAUGGUUGUUGUUUUGGUAAUGGUCGUUCAGGAUCAAAAGGUGGUUAUGGAGUUUAUUGGGAUGAUGAUCAUCCAUGGAAUAUUAGUGAACGCUUAAAAGGAGAUCCAACCAAUCAACGAGCUGAAUUAACAGCAGCAAUUAGUGCCAUGGAAGUAGCUUUAUCAAAUAGUGUAACUCAUUUAGAAAUUCGUACAGAUAGUAAAUAUACCAUACAAUCUGCUACUCAAUGGAUUCAUGGAUGGAAAAAAUCAAAUUGGAUUAAAAAAACCGAUUCGCAACCGGUUAUGAAUAAAGAUCUAAUGGUGAGAAUCGACGAACUACAACAAAAACUCCAAAUUAAAUGGACAUAUGUAGCUGGUCAUUCAUCAAAUAAAGGAAAUGACGAAGCUGAUCGUUUGGCUAAAGCCGGUGCUCGAAAAUAA